AUGUCGUGCCGCUCCUUCCAGCUGGGCUCCAGGUGCGGCGGUCAGAGCUUCAGCUCGUGCUCGGCGGUGCUGCCCCGGAUGGUCGCCCACCAUGCAGUGAGCAAGGGGCCGUGCCGGCCCGGGGGCGGGGGGGGCCUCCGAGCCCUGGGCUGCCUGGGCUCCCGGAGCCUGUGCAACGUGGGCUUCGGGAGGCCCCGGGUGGCCUCCAGGUGCGGCCUGCCUAGCUUCGGGUACCGAGUGGGGGCCGUCUCCGGACCCUCGGCCUGCAUCGCCCCCGUCACCAUCAACGAGAGCCUGCUGGUCCCACUCGAGCUGGAGAUCGACCCGGCUGUGCAGAGGGUGAAAAGGGACGAGAAGGAGCAGAUCAAGUGCCUGAAUAACCGCUUUGCAUCCUUCAUCAACAAGGUCCGGUUCCUGGAGCAGAAGAACAAGCUGCUGGAGACCAAGUGGAACUUCAUGCAGCAGCAGAGAUGCUGCCAGAGUAACAUAGAGCCCAUCUUCGAGGCCUACAUCUGCGCCCUUCGGAGGCAGCUGGACUGCGUGGCGGGCGAUCGGGCCAGGCUAGAGUCGGAGCUCUGCAGCCUCCAGGACGCACUGGAAAGCUACAAGAAAAAGUAUGAAGAGGAGCUCUCCCUGCGGCCCUGCGCCGAGAAUGAGUUUGUCGCCUUGAAGAAGGAGGUGGACACGGCCUUCCUGAUAAAGGCUGACCUGGAGACCAACGCUGAGGCUCUGGUCCAGGAGAUUGACUUCCUGAAAGGCCUGUACGAAGAGGAGAUGUGCCUGCUCCAGUCUCAGAUCUCCGAGACCUCCGUCAUUGUGAAGAUGGACAACAGCCGGGAGCUGGACGUGGAUGGCAUCAUCGCCGAGAUCAAGGCCCAGUAUGACGACAUCGCCAGCCGCAGCAAAGCCGAAGCUGAGGCCUGGUACCAGAGCCGGUAUGAGGAGCUGCGGCUGACAGCCGGGAACCACUGUGACAACCUCCGCAACCGCAAGAACGAGAUCCUGGAGAUGAACAAGCUGAUCCAGCGGCUUCAGCAAGAGAUUGAGGCCGUGAAAGCCCAGCGCUGCAAGCUGGAGGCCGCCGUGACUCAGGCAGAGCAGCAGGGCGAGGCGGCCCUCGGCGACGCCAAGUGCAAGCUGGCGGGGCUGGAGGCCGCCCUGCAGAAGGCCAAGCAGGACAUGGCCUGCCUGCUCAAGGAGUACCAGGAGGUGAUGAACUCCAAGCUGGGCCUGGACAUCGAGAUCGCCACCUACAGGCGGCUGCUGGAGGGCGAGGAGCACAGGCUGUGCGAGGGCAUCGGGCCCGUGAAUAUCUCUGUGAGCAGCUCCAAAGGCGCAGUCCUCUACGAGCCAUGCACGGUCAGCACACCCGUCCUGAGGACCGAAUACUGCCCAGGGGCCCCUGGGGUCCUCAAGAGCAGCGGGGGCUGCAGCGUAGUGGGCUCCGGCGAAGUCUACAUCCCCUGCGAGCCCCAAGGGGUACUGGGCUGCGUGAGCGGCAGGAGCCCCAGCACGAAGGUGGGCGCUGGGGGCAGCGCCUCCCCCCACAAGUGUUAGCACGGCCCCAGAGGCUGGAAGCCCAAGGACAGGCUUCCAGCCCGCAGCCUGGAUGCCGUCCCCCAACCAGAGCUGAAGACAAGGAUGUUUCCAAACCCCGCCUUCCUGUACCGACCGCAGGUUUCUCUGGGGUUUUCUGAGAGG